UGUGAUUUCUUCCCUCUUUUUCUACCUCUUUCUGGCACUCUCCCAUUUUCUGUUCUCUCGCGCGCCCUUGCUCCCUUCAUUCCUCUCCGGCCGUCCACUCCCCUCGUCGAUCAGUAGAAAGGCCAUAGAAUCUCGGCUCCACGUCCGUACGGGCGGUUUUCCGGUGAUCCCAGGGCAUCGGCGGCCGGCGGAAGCUCGGAGUCCUUGUGUUCUGGUCUUGGCUCGAAGUUCUUUCGGGCCAAGACUGAGGAUAAUUCGCGGAGCACUCGGAGCUUGUUGGAAAGACUCCAGUUUUCGGCUUCUUAGAUGGCAUCUGAUGAGGGUUUCCUUACAGAAGAACAGAGGGAAUUGUUGAGACAAGCAUCACAAAAUAAUGGUCAUUCUUCUUUGUCUUUUAACUCCCAGUCUUCUUUUAACUCUGAUCGUCAUUCCCGAGUGAAGAAUUCACGUAGACAUCAUUCGGGAAAACUCGUCCGUGUAAAGAAAGAUGGUGCUGGAGGGAAGGGUACAUGGGGGAGGCUACUUGAUACUGAUGGUUCUGCAGAGCUGGACCGCAAUGACCCUAAUUAUGACAGUGAGGAGGAACCCUAUCAGCUGGUGAGCUCUACAUCUAUUGUUGCUUCACCAUUUGACAGCUACAGGAAAUCCAUCAGAACUAUCAUUGAGGAAUAUUUCACUAAUGGGGAUAUAGCCACAGCAUCUUCAGAUCUUCUGGACCUUAAUUCCCGUGUUUAUAAUGCUUAUUUUGUGAAGAAGCUAAUCUCUAUGGCAAUGGACCGUCAUGAUGUUGAGAAGGAGAUGGCUGCUGUUCUGCUGUCCUCACUCUAUUCAGAUGUCAUCUCAUCAGAGCAAAUAGCUACUGGGUUCAUGAAGUUGCUUGAGUCUGCUGAUGACUUGGCGCUAGACAUUCCAGGUGCUGUUGACGUUCUUGCACUUUUUGUUUCUCGUGCUGUUGUGGAUGACAUCCUCCCACCUGUUUUCCUAUCUCAUGCCAAGUCCUCACUUCCUGAGGGUUCCAAAGGUGCGGAAGCCGUCCGUGCUGCUGAGAAACUCCAUUUAUCGACACCACACCAUGCAGAGUUGUUAGAACGACGGUGGGGUGGAUCUACACAUGCAACUGUUGAGACAGCAAAGUCAAAGAUUACAGUCCUGAUUGAUGAGUAUAUCCGCAGUGGGGAUAUGCAAGAAGCUCUUCGGUGCGUGCGAGAGCUUGCGCUGCCAUUUUACCACCAUGAAGUGGUGAAGCGGGCAAUGAUCGUGGCUAUUGAGAGGAAUCCUGUGGCUGAAUCACUUGUUCUCCAGCUGCUGAGGGAAGCUGCAGAUGAGGGACUCAUAAGUUCAAGUCAGAUGUCAAAGGGUUUUGCACGAGUCUCUGAGAGUCUAGAUGACUUGACACUGGAUGUGCCUGCUGCAAGAGAUAUCUUCCAGUCCCUUGUUCGUGUUGCCACAAAAGAAGGUUGGCUGCCUUUGGAUGAAGCUCUGCCUGACAAAGAUGAACAGUUGUACAAGGUGGAAGUAUCUGCUCUCAUAUGUGAGUACUUCCUUUCUGGUGAUGCUUUUGAAGUCGCUGAGAGUCUGGAAGAGCUUGAUAUGCCGGAGUUCAACCCAAUCUUUAUCAAGAAACUGAUUACUCUGGCUAUGGAUCGUAAGAAUCAUGAGAAAGAGAUGGCAUCAGUUCUGCUGUCAGCACUUUACAGCGAGGUCUUCUCAGUUGCAGAUGUUGUCGCAGGCUUCCUGAAGCUCCUGGAGUCUGCGGAGGAUACAGCACUGGAUGUGCUCAAUGCAUCGAAUGAGUUAGCUCUCUUCAUUGCACGAGCUGUGGUGGAUGAGGUUCUGGCCCCUGCUAAUCUUGAUGAGAUGGAGUCAAAGCUGGCAUCGAUUUCUUCAGCGGCUGAGACCGUACGUGCUGCUCGAACGCUUGUAUCAGCACCUCAUGCAAGUGAAAGGAUUCUGCGCUGCUGGGGUGCUGGUGGUGGAACCACGGGAAUGGCUGUCGAUGACGCCAAAGAUAAAAUCAUAAAGCUUCUCGAGGAGUAUGGCUCAGGUGGAGUGGUCAGUGAAGCAUGCCAGUGCAUCCGUGAGCUUGGCAUGCCCUAUUUCCACCAUGAGGUGGUUAAGAAGGCGCUGGUUAUGGCAAUGGAAACCAAAAAUGGUGACAGGAUGCUGGACCUAUUGGAUCAGUGUUCCAGUGAGGGGCUGAUCACCGUGAAUCAGAUGACAAAAGGUUUUGUGAGGGUGGCAGAGGGAAUCGAUGAUCUAGCUCUCGAUGUUCCGGAUGCUCGUGAGAAGUUUGCAUCUUACGUUGAUCGGGCGAGGAAAAGUGGAUGGUUGGUGGGUGUGUCUGGCUUGGGACCCAAACCGGCCUUGGCUGAGGCGAGUGGUGUAGCUGUGACUGCAGUGGCCUAACCUGGCACCCCGGCAGCCAAGAUUGGGACGGUCACCAGCUGAGAGGUUAAGCCGGUUUGGUGUAGUACUGCCAUAUUACUCGCUUUCUCCAUUCAUUUAUCACUACCAUUAUAAAGUAGAACAUGUGUGUGUGUGCGUGUGGUGGGCCUGAAGCUGUAUUGCUGCGUGAGUUUGACGGAUUGAGGUCUAACUUGAGGUUGAGUUGCAUCCUGUUGGGCAGUGUGUGGUCAUCUAACAAGGCACAAGCUUGGGGGGGUGGGUCUACAUGUCUAAGCCAGGGUAGUGGAGGUGAUGGCCCUUUUAUAGCCAUAACUUGGACAUGUUUUUUCUGAUAGUGAGUAUUUUGUGUAGAUUCUAGGUUCUUCUACUUAAAGAGAAGCAAAAGAGAGACCUUAUAUCGAGAUGCCUGUUUAGAAGAUGGACACUAGAGCGAGCAACCUUUAUACUGGUUCUUGCUAUUCAGUCUUGGCGCUUGCAGUGUAAUGUUGUUGCAUGGUUUUUCACAUAUAUUUCAUUAGUUGCAGUUUCGUCGUUUGGUUGUGCUA